AGACGGGCUGAUUUUGCAGUUUAUGUGAUGGUUUUGUUUAUGAACAUAUUCUCAUGUGUUCAGUCCACAAGGUGUCAGUGUCAUAUCAGCAUCACAUUGGUAAUUUUAGUGCUGGCCAUGCCCCUUUCAUAGAGUUCUUGUUCUGGUCGACAGAGAGGAGAUGGUACCUUCGACAGAAACAAGUGUAGCAGUGAUUCAUACAUCGUUUGGUUUGGAUUAUGCGACAUAUUUCACACUGGAUAUUUUGUUAUUUAGACUACUUCCAUUGCUCAAAGGACUUGUAAGUGGACAUAUAUUUGAAAAUAUAAAGCGAAACGAUGGUGGCAGGAGGACAAAGACGAGGAACGCAGUGUUGGUGGUUUGCUCUCAGCUUUUCUCUGAUGCUCAGCUGUGUGGAGCGGGUUUCAGCUCAGAUAAAAUAUUCAAUUCCAGAGGAAGUAAAGGUAGGAAGUGCUGUUGGAAAUGUGGCAAAGGAUCUGGGACUGGACAUCAGUUCACUAGAGGAAAGACAGUUUCGUAUUGUCUCUGGAGCUGAAGAUGCUCAAUUUAUAGUAAAUACGAGAAAUGGCGUCCUCUCUGUGCAAGAGAACAUUGACAGAGAAGAACUGUGCGAAAGCAUUUCUCCUUGUCUGAUAAACCUAAAAAUGGUAGCUGAGAAUCCCAUGGAAAUACAUUAUGUAGAAGUGGAAAUCAUAGACGUAAAUGAUAAUUCACCCAGCUUUCAAGAGGAAGAAAGCAUACUAGAGAUUUCAGAGUCUACUUUCCCAGGUAAACGAUUUCAGUUGCCAGCUGCACAUGAUCCAGAUGUUGUUACCAACACAGUACGGAUGUACAAAUUAAACCAUAACGAUUAUUUUAGUUUGCAAAUUCGAGAGAGAGGAGAGGACAAGAUACCAUUCUUAGUUUUACAGAAGUCUCUGGAUCGGGAAAAGGAGAAUGAACACAAACUAAUCCUGACAGCAGUUGACGGAGGAAAUCCACCGAGAUCAGGGACUCUUAAUGUCACAGUCAUAGUCCUCGAUUCAAAUGAUAAUAACCCUACAUUUAGUCAAGAAGUUUAUUCAGUAACAAUACACGAAAAUGUAGAGGUGAAUAAACGCGUAAUUACCGUAAAUGCAACUGAUUUAGACGAGAGUUCAAACGGAGAAAUCGAGUACGUUUUCGGUGGUCAGCUUGACCGAAAGAUUUAUGAAAUGUUUAGCUUAGAUAAAAACACGGGUGAAAUUCGAGUAAAAGGAAAGAUUGACUUUGAGAAGGUGGAUGUUUAUAAGCUAGACGUCCACGCCACGGACAAAGGACAACCUCCAAUGAGUACCGACUGCAGGGUGAUCAUCAAGGUGCUGGACGUAAAUGAUAAUAAACCUGAUAUAGGGGUGACAUCUUUGUCAAAAAUGGUAUCAGAAGACUCCAAGCCCGGGACUGUGGUGGCUUUGAUCAGUAUUACAGACCAAGACGCGGGUUUAAAUGGAAAAGUAAUAUGUAGUCUUUCAGACAAUGUCCCAUUUGAUUUAAAACCGUCAUUUCAAGAGAACAUGUACUCUUUAGUUAUUAAACAUAAAUUAGACAGAGAAUCAGUUUCCCAUUACGACGUCACAAUAACAGCUACAGACUGUGGCGUACCUCCUCUGUCCACAUCCAGAACUUUGAUAAUUGAUGUGUCAGAUGUGAAUGAUAAUGCGCCACAAUUUGCACAGAAUCCAGUUGAACUUUACCUGGUAGAAAAUAACGAGCCUGGAAAGCCGAUUUUUUCAGUUUCUGCCUCAGAUAAAGAUUUGAAUGAAAACGCGGCGUUAACUUAUCGUAUAAUCAGAGAGGAAAGCAGUCAACAGAAAAACGCAGUAUUUUUAAAUAUUAAUUCUGAUAAUGGGCAAAUCACCGCGCUGAAAAGUUUUGAUUUUGAAACGCUGAAAACUUUCCAGUUCCAAGUUGUUGCGUCAGAUUCUGGAACUCCGUCACUAAGCAACAAUGUCACAGUCAAGGUCUUCAUCCUGGAUCAGAACGACAACGCUCCAGCCAUCCUGUAUCCACUCAACUCCAACGGUUCUGCUCAAGGUGUGGAGGAGAUUCCCCGAAACGUCAACGCAGGACACUUGGUGACUAAAGUCAGAGCCUAUGACGCUGACAUAGGAUAUAACGGCUGGUUGCUCUUUUCACUGCAGGAAGUGACUGACCACAGUCUCUUUGCUUUGGACCGCUAUACAGGACAGAUCAGAACACUUCGCUCAUUCACAGAGACAGACGAGGCUGAGCAUAAACUGGUAAUACUGGUCAAAGACAACGGCAACGUUUCUCUCUCAGCAACAGCUACAGUGAUUGUCAAACUUGUGGAGCCCAAAGAGGCUUUUGCAGCUUCUGAUGUUAAAAGUGCAGCAAAAGAUGAUGAGGACAGUAAUGUCAUAUUUUACCUCAUGAUAACUUUGGGUGCAGUUUCUGUACUUUUUCUCGUCAGCAUCAUCGUGCUGAUUGCAAUGCAGUGCUCCAAAUCCACAGACUAUACUUCUAAAUAUCUGCCAGAGACUAAUUAUGAUGGGACACUGUGUCACAGCAUCCAGUACAGAUCAGGAGAGAAGCGGUACAUGCUAGUUGGACCCAGAAUGAGUAUAGGAUCUACUAUAGUACCUGGCAGUCAUGCAAACACGCUUGUGCUCCCUGAUAGGAGACGUCCUUCUGAAGAGUAUUUUAAUUGCUAUCACCAUUAUUUUGAAAGACUGCCCAUUAUAUUCUGUAGUCUUUUGACACUGCACAAAUUGCUGGGAUAUCCACGUAUGCAUGGGGCGGAGAUUAGUUUAGAAAAGUUAAGUAACUAAAUAAAGGAGGUCACGCCACUCAGAUUGGGAAACUGCGGCAAAACACAUGCAUAUUCAUUAGCGUUGUCCAUGGGCCGGUGACUUUCAGACAUACGCUCGUGGUCUUCAAGUUCAAAUCUAUUUUUCGUUUCAGACCUUUCUGUGUUUAGCGCUAAUCCUAUGUUUUCUGUCACAGUUAUUAGAAAUCACUAAUUGUGUCAUAUAUAACUGCGUCGUGGAAAUAGUAAUAUACCUGUCCACUGUUCGAAUGGGAUCCUGUUAAUUCAUCUGAAACGUGAAACUGAGCAAUACAAGCCUGAAACUCGCGUGUGCUGUGUCCUCGAUUAUUUUUCAUCCAGUCUGCGCGCAGUUUUAUCAGAAUCACAUGUGCGUUUGGCUAAUCCUGCAUCAUUACACAGCAUUAAUGUAAUACUGACAAAUAUCAGAUUUCACUGUUGCAAUUAGUCAUUAUGAUAUACUGU